AUGGUUAAUUUUUCUUCAAAAAACAGUUCAAAAGAAAUGGGAAAUUGAUGAAAUGGCUGGCUUGGCUGAAUGGCUGGCUUGGCUGAGAAUCUCUUAAAAAUCAGUUUAUUAACCUUUUUUGUUGAAUUGAGACGUCUUUAACCGUUUUUGUAAAGCCUUUCUGAAAUCGAAUCGCCAAAAAAUGAGCAAUUGGUAGCAUUUUCGAAAAUGAAAAUGGAAAAUACACGGUUUUUGACGUCUUCAAGGCGUCAUGAUUCUUCUAUUAAGCGGCGAAAGUCAUAGUUUUUUUUGACUUAUUUAAAAUCAGAAUGUCCUAAAUAACCAACCAGCCAAGUCUAACAAUAAUGAGUCUAUUCAAAGUUGUCAGUUAUAUGUAUAUUUUUUGAAAGCUACUCUUGUUAAUAAACAUUUUUUGCAGGACAACAAGUAUUGCAACGAAAUGAGCGUGUACGGGAUUAUUCCAAAGGGCGGCCCGACUGAUGAUGACCUCAGCGAUGAAGACUUUCUUGUCACCGUUGAUACCAAGGUGAGAACUAGCUCAAAUUGAUAGGUAAGAGAGGAGAGUGUGGAAAAAUUGGAGAGAAUUAGAGUUGAGAAGGGAAAAAAAAGAAGUGGUAGGUAGAAGAGGAGACAGUAUGGAAAAAGAGGAGGGAACUAGACAUGAAAAGAGAAAAAACAGGUGAUAGGUAAGAGAGGAGAGAGAGAGUAUGGAGAAAGUGGAGAGAAUUAGACGUUAGAGAAAAAAAAAUUGUGAUAGGUAGAAGAGGAGUGAGUGUCGAAAAAAGGGAGGGAACUAGAUUUGAGAGAAAAAAAAAAACGUUGAUAGGUAAGAGAGGAGAGAGAGUAUGGAAGACGUGGAGAGAAUGAGAAUUGAGAAAGAAAAAUUAGGUGAUAGUUAAAAGAAGAGAGAGUGUGCGAAAAGUAGAGAGAACUAGGUUGUGAAAGAAAAAAAAAUCAAGCGAUAGGUAGAAGAGGAGAGAGUGUGGAAAAAGAAGAGGGAAUUAUAACUGAAAAAGAUAAAAAAUUAGGUGACAGAAAAAAGCUGAGAGAGUAUGGGAAAAGUGGAGAGAACUAGACAUGAGAAGAGGAAAAAGUUAGUGAUAGAUAAAAGAGGAGAGCGUAUGGAAAAGGUGGAGAGAACUAGACGUGAGAGAAAAAAAAACAAGUGAUAGGUAAUAGCGGAGAGAGUACGGAAAAGGUGGAGGGGAUAAGAGUUGAGAAAGAAAAAUUACGUGAUAAGUAAAAGAGGAGAGAGUAUGCUAAAAGUGGAGGGAAUUAGAACUGAGAAAGAAAAAAAAGGUGACAGAGAAAAGCGGAGAGAGUGUAGAAAAAAUAGAGAGAAAGAGACGUGAGAAGGAGAAAAAUAGGUGAUAAGUAAAAGAGGAGAAGGUAUGUAAAAAGAGGAGGGAAUUAGAACUGAGAAAGAAAUAAAUUUGUCUAUUUAUCUCCAAUUUUAACGUUGGUUUUGAUUCCCUUAAAUUCGUUUUUUCAAAAGUUAGUCAAAAAUAAAAAGAUCGGAUCAAUUUACCUCAAAGAUAAGGCGAUAUUCAUCAAAGUUAAAGAUUAUGGAGAAAGUGGAGGUGAUCAGACAGCUUGAAAAAACAUUUUGUGUCUAAACCUCUCCAUUUUACUCGCUGUUUCUAGCUACCUUGACUAUUCUAAAGAAGAAAGGCCAAGAUACGUUCUACAUAAGGUUUAAAAAAAUUCGAAACUUUCUUUUUCUCAUUCAGAGCCAUUAUAAAUGGCCAGGAAUCUGUUUUUGACCAGGUAACAGAUUGAAAAAACUUUUUUUUUUCAGAUUACCUACAUUUCACGGUACUAUCGCCAUGUGUUCGUCUUGGACUUGAGCCCGUCGACCAUCGUUGCCGUCAGUUUUUGUCACACUUGAACAAAAUUACAGAAACCCCGAAAAAUGAUUUCAGGACGAAGAAUCGGACUGUUGUCUGUGUACUCGGCUGAUGAAGAGCUUGCGAACGAGUAUGGUUUCGGCGGUGAAAGGGGUAGGUGAAAGAGCCGCGACGCGCAGCCGCAACGCAUCAUGACGUCAUUUUUUUUUCAGUUUACUGUACCUGGCACGAAACGGACUUUUCGGCCUCAGAUCUACAUCUCUGUCUGCGUUUUCGUACCCUUCCUCACUUUUGAACAUGAUUCAGUGAUUUUCGAUUCAUUGAUCGGAAAAAAUAUAACUUCCCUGUUCAGUUCCUGAUACAAGGCGUCCUCCUCACUGAGUCCAACGUCCAUAAGAUCAUCUCCACGGUCACUGAGAAGUUCAAAGUGCUCUUCACGCGACUCUACGAGUUCGCUCAUCCGAUUUUGAACCGAUGGGGACGGCUGAAGAGAAGAUAUAAGGUUAUUUUCUCAAAAGAAAAAAAUCAAUAAAGAUCAACUUCUCCAAUUUUAGGCGCUGCCAAACUUUUAAAAAAAGCUUACUCUCAUGCUGAUGAGGCUAACCAGCCGUGUUAAAACGGGGUCUCAGCGGGUUUGCCCAAAACACGACUUGUAGAACUUUUGGCAAUUUUUUUUACCACAGCUGAGGCACUGUUUUUGCACUGUAGGAGCUCUGAUUUUGAAAAAAAAAGACAGUUGAAUCUUAUUUUUCUUUUUGAAAAGGGGUUGGAUCACCUCUUUUUGCAACUGUUUCAGCACAACUGAAAUUCAAAAGCCUUAAAAAACUCGGGUCAAUAUGGGUACAUUCCUUGAGACAGCUUGCCAGCUGCGUCACAUGGUUAAGGAUUAAAACUUUUAAAAAUCGUAUCACUAAAACUAGAAGUUUGCGCAGAUAGGGACUAUGUAGGAUUUUCAGUCCAUCAAAAAUCUUUUGAGCAAAUUUGUAGAAAAUUCUGAGCUCUUCGCUGAAAUGUAAAACCCAUGUAAGGUUUGUAAGUCUAAGCGCUGCCAAAUUCUGAAAAAAAUCCCCGUUGCCCGUUUUCGAUUUUUAGAUUCUUCAAUUGAAGGCGCUGCCAAUUUUUAAGAAAGAUUCUUAUACAUUUCUUUUUUUCCAAAUUUUAUCAAUAUUUUUUUAUUCGUUUCCUUGGUGUUAUGAAAAACACCAGCGAAAUUUCAAAAGGCGACUUUUUCCGAUUUUUUUCAUAUCGCUAGGGAACUUUCCGACGGAUCCCUUUCCGACUUUUUCUCCUUUAUUUUUUUCGGUUUAUAAAACAUCUAUGAACAUUUUUUUCUUAUUUCUUUGUGUUUUAAUCAUGAACAAACUACCUACUUUAUAUAGGAAGAUUUAAAACGAAGAUUUUAUCGUGAAAAAAUUCGGAAAAAGAUUCGGCGGAAAGGUGGCCCUCGGAAAGUUUCCUAGCGAUAUGAAAAAAAUCGGAAAAGUCGCCGUUUGAAUUUUCGUUGGUCUUUUUUUCAUACCACCGUUUCCUUCCAUACCCUUUAUAUGUUCAGAACUACAAAUUCGACUCGGUGUGCGAGACUUCGAUUGGCGACACCGACAGUCUGAUCGAAGACUACGACUUCCGGCAAUUAAACCCAGUCAAGAACCCCGGACCAGAAGAAAAACCCCCACGACCUCCAAAUAUCAUGAGUUAUCCGCGUGGAACUUGGUAUUUCUUCUCUCCUUUUUUAUUGAUAUUUUUUAUUCGUCAGGAACUUGUACGACGAAGGGCAAGAAGGGUUCCCGGCUGGCGCCGUCGUCGAGGGCUACAUUCUGCCGGAGUGGUCGCUGAUUUUCAUGCUCCGGAUUGGACUCAUUUCGACGCAGAUGCUUCCUGAGAAUACUCAAUCUAGUGAGGAACAGAACUAAAAUCGAAAAAAAGAAAAAAAAAAGAGAUACGCUGUUUUCAAAUUAAUUUUAAGAACGACACGGAAAAAAAUUAUUCCGCAAAAUUCCAGGUUUUAGAAAAAUUGGGUCCUACAACGAUUUAACGACUUUUAAGCGCAAAACCCAAUUUUGAAGCUGUUUGGAUAUUUUUUGACAGUUCGCUGUAAAGCUUACCCAUCGUCGCAGGACCCAAUUUCUUCAAACGGCUUCUGAAAAUUCCAAUUUCGCUCGUUUUGCUAAACCAUUUUGAACGAAUAACGCAUCAAUUUUUAAAUACUUUGAACACGUCAUUAACUCCAAAAAAUUGGCGAAUCUGUCAGCUCUCCGAUUUUCGCGAUAUAUCGUUGCAGGACCCAAAUUUUUUCAAACGGCUUGCGAAAGUCCAAUUUUGCUCGUUUCUCAAAACCGUUUUGAACGAAUAACGCGUCAAUUUUUAAAAUACUUUCAAAAAUUUUAAUCUUUCAAGCGUAACACAGGCAAAGUCCAAACGACCUCAAAAAGGCCUUAAGAAAAAGCAUAAAGCUCCAUUUGGAGCUCCUAAAAAGGUGUCGAAAGUUUAGCGGAAUCUCCUUUUUUCCACCUUUUUCCGCUUUUUAAACCUCCUUGAAAGGUACUUUUCAGAAAUAGGUCUAAAAAAAAGGCGCCUUUGAAGCAUUCUGAAGGCCUUUUUUUUUUUUUGAAAAAGUCCUGUUUGAGACCUUUUGGACUUCGCCCGUGAAGAAAAUCCUCUGGAUGAACUAUAAUCGAAAGUUGCUUCAAAAGUUGAUUCAGACGUGAUCCUCAUAACCGACGCCGUCUGUGGAAUUCCUGACGCGGCGGCUCUUCAGAAAGUUCUGACCCAAUUGAGAAGUUAUACCAUCGCCUGUUCUUUUAUCCAAGUACAAAAAAAAACUUCAAAAAACAGUUAUCAAAUAGUUUUUUAGCUCCAAAGUCAUUCCUCAAGCGAGCCGGUGUUUGGCCACGUCGCCUCCUGCGAACUGUUCCAUUUUCUGGCCAUGGCCACUUUCGGAACAUAUUUGCCCAAUUGCAAAUGCGUCUCCGGCGAGGAUUACGUGGUCGAGGAGGAGGACUACGAAAAGGAUAAUGAUUCUGGAGGUGGAUAUUUACUUAAGUAGAAAAAAAAGGUUGAGAGAAAAAUAUUGAAGCUGGAGCAAAAUAGCAUAGGAAAAAAGAGAAGCUGUAGAAAUAUAGCCUGGGAAAAAAAGCCGUGAGGAAUUUAUGUUAAGAGUUUGAUGGAGAAAAGAACGGUGCGACUGCGAAGCGGUUAUUUUUUAGGCCCUCCCGACUCAAACCGGCUAUCGCGACCUUGUAUCGGAUACCAAGCAAAAAUUUUAAGGAAAUCAUCGAAAAAGAAAAAUUUUGGGAGACUUUUUCAAUGCGCAUUAUGAGCUAGAAGGCCUAUCUUUUUGAAUUUUUUUGACUUUUUUUGUUUUUGGUGAGAAUCUUGUUUUUCUCAAUUAUUUUUUUAUUAUUAUAGAAGUUUGCGUUACACUGCAAAAAAUUCCUUUUCAUGAAAUUCUGGUAGAAUUUUGGAAUUUUUUUUGAACGUCUAUAGCUUAUUCGCCGCUGUCCUUUUAAAAAAAAGUUCUGACACGAUAAAAGAAAAUUUAGUGAGUUCUUGACUGGUAUAUCGAAUUUUUAAAGUUUUCCGGAUAAAAGUGAAACUUCGAACUUGUAACAACUCUUAGUUUCAGGCUCACUAUUUCGGCUCAAAGUUUUCAGAAAGUUCAUCACUCUUCAGAUUUUGAAAAGAAAAAUGAAGAAAUUUGAUCAUUAAAAAUGAACCUGUGAACAUUUUUUUAAAACUUCAAAGCUGUGCACCGGCUAUUUCCUAUAAAGUAAGGUUAUUUUACUUCGCGGCUAGGAUUUUCUUGAAAAUUGGUCAGAACAUUUUUCAAUGUACCGAAUGGAGAUUCUGAAAGUCUCAAACGGCACAAAUUCUUAUUUUUUCUGUGAGGACGCCCUACAGUCGAGGAAGACUCGCAAAACCCGUCAAAAUAGGAUAUCUUAGGUCUUUGAGCCCACCUUUCAGAUUACGGCUUUCAGGAACUUUAUUAGGUGCACCUGGGAGUGUUCUGGCCAAAUUUCAAGAAAUUCCCAACCCCAAAGUGAAAUGACCUCCCUUGUAAAGAGCCUUUCUAAAGACUCACUGGAACAAGGUCAAGUCAUGGUGGAAUGUUCCAGAAGACUCUGACGAGUACGUCGAAGAACCCCUAGCAGUUCGCCUGAAAACGGUGCAGAAGCUGGAGGCGUCGCAGUACGAGGAAGAAGCCUACGUCUCGCUGAACUCCUACCACCGCGCCCUGAUCUGCUGGUGCUUCCAGAACGCCCUGGCCGACAAUGAACACAUCACCAAGACCAUCAUGGCCAUCAAUCCGGAGUUCGCCCAGCUUCAUAAACAGUUGGGUUUUGAAAAGCUCUAGGUUUAAAAAAUGCUCAAAAUUACUUUUUGCUAAGAUUUCAAUGCUAACUUUUCAACAAUCAAAAUUUUUUCUGGCAAGUUUUCCAAGUUCAUAAAGCUCUGGAAAAAAUUUCAGAUCAUACAAACUUCUUGCAUUGUUUUAUCUUCCUACUAACGUAUUUAUUCUUCCCAAUUUUUUUCUCAGGCUUAUCGAUUUGGAAGUAUUGAGAAAAUUCAAUUUUCCGUAAUUUGAGAGUUUUUCCAUGUUCAUUUGACGUAGUUGUACAGAAAUAUAGUCGACGAAUCGAAAAAUUACAGUAGUGUUUUUUUUUCCACGUUUCCGAGGUCUUUGAAAUUGGCUUUGACAGUAUUCAAAUCUGGUCAGAUGUACUUAAAAAGGUCCUGAAUUGAAAUCUUUUUUGAUUUUUGUCUUACUACCUUUUUUCCGAGUUAUAGAGCCUCAAAGACACUGGAAACCCUAGUUCUUACAAUGGAGGCGCACGAUAUUUGAGGCCACCAAUUGGCAAUAGAAAAAUUUUUAAUAUUUGGAUUCGGAGUCCUCCAAAGUACUUCUCCGCGAAUUUUUUUUGGGUGGUAUGAAAAAAACACCAGCGAAAACUCAAACGGCGACUUUUCCGAUUUUUUCAUAUCGCUAGGGAACUUUCCGACGGCCACCUUUCCGACGAAAUUUUUUCCGACUUUUUUCCCUUAUGUUUUUCGGUUUAUAAGACGUCUAUUUACAUUUUUCCUAUUUCUUUGUGUUUUAAUCAUGAACCAACUACCUUCUUCAUAUAGGAAGAUUUAAAACGAAGAUUUUAUCGAGAAAAAAAGUCGGAAAAAGAUUCGUCGGAAAGGUGGCCGUCGGAAAGUUCCCUAGCGAUAUGAAAAAAUCGGAAAAGUCGCCGUUUGGAUUUUCGCUGGUGUUCUUUUCAUACCACCUUUUUUUGCGGAUUCUCAAAAGUUUUUCCUUUUCACGUCCUCAUCAGGAAAUUUUUUUUAAGUUGAACUUUUGUUGAAAAUUUUCUGAAGUCUACUUUGGGACCUCCUGAUUUUAAAGCAAGAAAACAUUUUCUCGCCAUAGAUCUUGUUUCCGAAUUAUAGAGCUUCAAAGUGUGCAAAAAACGGAGUUAUGACAAAAAAACGCUAUUUCAAACUUUUUGAAGCGUUUUUAAAAAAACAAAAAAACAGAUCUUUUUCAUUGUUGUGCUGAAAAAAAUAUUUUUCUACUCAGAGUUGGUCAUUUCCUACCUUACAAAUUUUUUUUCUCCAGUUUAGUUCAACCAGUCCGAAAAUUGCUAGUUUAGGGGCGUUGAGCGUCAUUGUCGCCUGGCGACGGUCUACAGAAGCAAUCUCCAUCAACUUUUGUACGUUAGACUCCGGGAAGGGUUCACUUUGAAAUCUGGUGCGUCAUUGUACGAGUAAUGAAAUGAAAAUGAAAAUUCCUUCAGCCCAUGUUUCCGAGGAUGGAAAUCUCAUUCACGUCGUCCUCUGCCUGCCUUUCCGACCCCUGGUGUUCCUCGAAUAUUCCAUUUGGUCGCCCUGGCCCGCUGAACGUUGUGAACGGUUUUGUCGACUGACAAAUAUCGAUUUAGAAAGAAAUUAUCAGACACGAUGUGAAAGUGGAGCUGGUGAUCCAGGCGCCGUACAACGAGCUGAAAGAUUUGCUCACGGAAGGACAAUAUCUCGACCCGGCGAGGCUCAAUUUGACCAAAUCCGUUGUGGACAGGUAGAAUGAACGUUGAAGACUUCCAAAUGUAGUUAGAGCCUAUGAAAAUAAAUCAUGAGUUUAGAAGUGCUAGGCCUUUGAAAGGAAAUUAUAGUCUGUUCAGAUUUUAAAUUCAAAAUCUGAACAGACUAUAUUAGAAGCAAUGACGUGGGAGUCCUUUCACAUGUAGCCUGUUCAGAUUUUCGUCGGUCAAGCUCCGCCCCUAAUGAAAAACCAACCCACAGAACGUUUUCAAAUAAAGUCGUUGUACUUGAAAUUUAAAAACUGAUCAGACUAUAAAUUCUCUCAAACAAUCUUCAAUGAAGCGUAUUUUGAACCCACAUUGUCGCUCUUUACGGAUAUUUCUACCUUUAAAGAAAGGACAUCUCAAAUUUACGGUCAAGCCUGAAACACAUAUUUGGUGACUUUAAAAAUGCACAUUUCUAGACCUAAAAUUGAAAGCAACUAUGGCGGUUUCGAUUCCCAGUUCAUGGAGCAUUGAUUAAGUUUUUCUUUAAUUCCAGUAGGCUAGAUAUGAAGAAAAAUUGGAAUUAAAAAAAUUGUAUCGAGCUCUUGAAAGUCAGAAGUUCAUUUUAUUGUUAUUCAAAAUCCGAACAGACUAUAGUUCAUUCCCCUCCAGCUUUUCUCGUUUUUUUUCUUAUUUCUUUGAGCUACACGGCUUUUUCCUUCGAUACACGCGGCGAGCCUUUGUUCAUGCGCCUUUAAUAUAACGGGAAUUGCGUAGGAAAAGGUCGCGUUCAUCGAAGAAAGAGAUAUUGUACUUCUCUAAAGAAAAAGAAAUUGAUGAGCUGCCACGGAUCAGGAUGUACGAGGAAUGCCAUUUGCACUUCCCAGAAGUGUUUCAGCAAAUUUCAAUGAAGUAGUAAAAAUGUCUUCCUUGUCAGCAUCAUCGAAGCGGACCGUCUACUCCUCCACAUCCACUCGUUCAACACCGCCGUGCCCUUCUACACGAUUCCCCGUGGCGUCACGACAGAAUAUGCCCUUUUCAGUGUCCACGAAAGGACCGUCAUUCGACAGCCGAACACUUGUCUGGGGUCCGUCUCGAAAUUUAGAGUUCAUAGAAAUGAAAAAGGUUCCAGACCGCAUGAAGAAGCGAAAACGCGAUGUUUUAUCGAUUUCUGGAGAGUUUUAUUGGAGCUGAACGAUUCUACUUGGUAAUUUUGGUUUUCCGGAGCAUUUGGAAUGGUUAUAGGGCUUUUAAAAAUAUUUAUAGUUGAAAUGAACCUGAUAACGUUUUUUUAAAAAGUGGAAAAACGAAUUUUUCUGCAAGAUUUUCGGCUUUUUUCUCCUGUUUUUGGUUUUUUCGGACCGUUUGGAAUGGUUUGAGAGCUUUUUUUUUCUCUUCAUUUUUUUUGGUUCGUUCAGAGCAUUUGGAAUGGUUUCAGGGCCUUUAAAGAGCUUUAGAGUUGAAAUGAACCUAAUAACCUUUUUUUAAAGUGGGAAACGAAUUUUUCUACAAGAUCUUAGACUUUUUACCCCCUUUUUUGAUUUUUUCGGACCGUUUGGAAUGGUUUGAGAGCUUUUUUUCUCUUCAUUUUUUUUUUGGUUCGUUCAGAGCAUUUGGAUAGAUUUUGGGGCCUUUGAAAAAGCUUUAUAGUUGGAAAAAAUUUUGAAAAGUUGGAAACCCGACUUUUUCUGCAAGAUUUUAGGCGUUUUCCUUCACUUUUCAACCAUUUGAAACUUCAUUUUCAAGCGAAACUAACGCAUUAUGAAAAAAAUGACCGUUUUUCUCGAUAAAUGACAAUUUUCUAGGCAAAAAUGGGUACAUACACACUCGGAACGGGUGGUUUUAGCCGUCGACGGGCUUCCCUUUGAAGCUUUCAACACGACCAGGACUUUGCAGGUUUCGAAGCUUCAAAAUGAAAGAGUUGAGGGAUAUAAUUCCAGCUGCCUUGUUUCCGAGCCUUCACCGUGCUACUGGAGUGCAUCAAGAAGCACAGCUCGUUUUGUUUGGUCAAUCGAUCGACUUUUGUCACGUUUUGCGGAACGUUAGUUUUUCUAGGAACGGCAGAAAUGUCCCUGUAGGGUUCAGGGGGAAAAGCAGCACCUGUAGGGCUGACUUUUAACCCCCUAAAGCUCAAGUGGUCCCUAUAGGGUCUUCUAAUAUUUCGUUCAGAUUUGGAGUUUAAAAAAAAGAUUUUAACGUCAUAUUCUAAUGAAAAUAAGCGGCAUGUCCUCUGUAGGGGCCACUCUAUGAGAUGAGGGGAAGGAGUCCUUAGAGGGGAGCCUUCAAGGGCCCUAGGAUUGUCCCUAUAGGGACCACUCUCGAGUUCCUAGGUUAUUCAGAUUUGUUUUGUGUUCCGAAAAGUUAUUCUUCUUAGAUAGACAACGACAGAGUUGUCCCUAUAGGGUUAAAGGUAAGGUGAUCCCUAUGGGGUUUAGGGUCGCGGUCCCUAUAGGGAGAGGGGAAGGGGUCCUUAGAGGGGAGACUUCAAGGGCGCCCAAGGUUGUCCUUAUAGGAACCGCUCUGGAGUUCCUAAGCUAUUCUGAUCACAAUAUUACCCAAUAAAAUAUUUUUUUGAAGUUUACGAAAGUUAUUAGAAAUUUUUUUUUUCUGUUUUGGAGGAUUCUAUUGCUUUUCUGGUUUACAGAGAGGCUCAAAAACUGCGAAGAAAAAUCUUGAUAAGCUAGUCUUUUGGAUGAUUGUGCCUCUAUGAUCCUGAUUAUUCCUCACAAAAAUAUAUCAUUCAGUCGAAAAGACGGCUCUCCCGAGUACUUCUACAUGACGAGAAUCUGUCUGGAACCGCCAUGCGUCGUCCUGAAAACGGCCUUCCUCGGCGGCAUCAACACGUCGGUGCGCAGACGCGUCGUCGACGAAUUCCGAGUCCGACUCCUCGGCCUCAAGUUCGAGGUGGAGAAAAAAGAUCAAGCCGACGAGGACGACGACGACAGCGACGACAGUGACGUCCCCAGCGAAAGCGAAGGCGCCAGAGGCGGCCUUCCGGUCCUGAACGUCAUCAGAAGGCCGAUGGAAAGGAUCAUGGUCCGAUACCGAGAAGUUCCCGCCGACUUGAGAAUGGUUCGAUUAAUGGGGCCGUUUCCCCCUGGAAUGGAUGUUUUUAGAUCGUCAGGGUGCAGGAGGAGACGGUUGACGAGGAUGAGAUCAAGCUGAUCACGCUUCAUAAUGCCAUAGCCAAGUGUCUGGUUUGCAGGUUGGAAGAGGGAAAAUAGGCGAAGUUAUCUGGAAUUGAGUUGAUAACUGAAGUUAAAUCUCCUAGUCACGAAAAUUAUAUAUUCCAGUCUUACUGAACCAAAUCUUUUACUCGUAGUUGUGGUUUUGGCUCAAAUUUUGCAUAAAGAUACAUCAAUUUUCAAACUUUCAAGGUCCUCAAGAUCCAAGAAGCUAUGAGGACUUUUUCGAUCACUUUUUAGAUUUUUAGUUGUAAUGAGGAUUUUUUGGACCUUGUCCUCAAGUUAUGAAAAGCACAUCUAGAACUAAAGGACUUCAAAAAAAUUAUUGAUUGAUUGAUCUAGUAGAUCGGAAAUCAGCUGGUAAAACAGAAAAUAAUGCUUCAAAUUUAUUGAAUCAAAUAUUUUAGAUUUAAUAAUCAUUGGGCUAGAGUUCCACAUAAAUUUUCACUGGUUCCCAUUUUUUUUUUAGAAUUCUGAAGUUCCAAGAAUUUAUAGAAACCUUUUCAGACAUUUUUUGAACUGCCCGUUGUUGAGAGGACUUUUCGGACCCUAACUUUAAGUUAAGAAGUUCUGAGAGCUUUUUUUUCUUCAGUACUAUGCAAUUUAGUCAUGUUUGUAGAAAUGUAUGAUUUUCAGAGGCCUUAGAAAAUAUUACAAAGGGAGAUUCCUUAGGUUAUUCUGAUACUUUUAAAGUUUUUGCUGUGAACAGGAUCCCAGAAAUUUUUAGGUUUGAUCUUCAAUUUUUUUAGAGUCCGAUUUUUUUCUCAUAGUUCACUAUUUUUAAAAGAUAUUAUGUGUUUUAAGAGGUUCAUGGAAAUAUUUGGAAGGGUUUUAGUUGUUUGUUAAUUAUUUAAGGGCAACGUGUGAGGGUCAUAUAGGACUUCUAGGACUUUUAGAAACUUUAAUAAAGUUUUGAAGUUGAAUUUUCUCUCCUAGAAAGGUGCGGGAACGUUAUUCGGAGCAAUAUGGCUGCCGGAAAAAGAAAAAAAAAAGAUCAUUUCACUUUUUGGGUUCCAGACGAACAGUGAUAGUCCUAACGGAUUACGGCGUGACUGGAGGUGCCUUUGAAGCUCGGCCAGUGGCGGACUUUAUCCUCAACGUUUUGGUGAAGAGAAGGCUCAGGGAGCAUUUCAAGCCAGCCUGGACUCAAAAUAAUAUCUUCUCCUUGUGUCGACAGGUACAGUUUUCGAGGAAAUAUUCGGUAAAGAGGCCGUAAAAUUAUUUAUUGAAUCUUCUAUAAUUCGUCCAUCUUGCUCUUUAUUCACUUUAACCGAAAUUUCCCAUUAUUAGAAGGCUUUGAUGGCUUGUUUCAGGUCUUCUCCCAAAGCAGCUACGUCCUCGAGCAGUUCAUCAUGUUCCCGGCUACGACUGUUUCGAUUCCUCUCAUGCGGAGGCGUGGAAACGCCCAGAGGGGAAGGUAAUACGGCAAAAAAGAGGGAAAUUAGGGAUCUCUAGGUCUGAUCGAAAAUCCCUUCACGGAGCUCGGUAAUGGUAUCCGAACGUUUCUGAGCAUUUCUAAGGUUCACGCCGCUUAAGUGAUCACUUGCAAUUCUCAUAAACGUCCUCGGUGCGUCCGGUUUACGUUACCGGGAUCCGAGUUUUAGCUGUUUAUUAUUUAAAUUGACGAUAGAGCACGAAUUACCGUCUAGGGGAAGCCAGGGGUGAGCAAACUACAUAUGAGUUGCGUUUCUAAGGCUUACGCCGCUUAAGUGAUCACUUGGAAAGCUCAUAAACGUCCCGGGUGCGUUCGGGUUACGUUACCGAGAUCCGAGUUUUAGCUGCUAGCUGCUUAAUUUUUAAAUUGACGAUUGAGCACAAAUUACCGUCUAGGGGAAGCCAGGGGUGAGCAAACUACAUAUAAGUUACAAAGGUUGUGUAAUCCCUAUAAACAGUACUAAAAUACUCUGGAAUAUUAGAUGCUAUAAGAGGCUCUUCAAAAAAUAGAAAAUUUACCAAUAUAUUUUUAUUUUUCUCGUGUUUCUUAUCAUUGAGUGAGUUGCAGUAGUCAUUUUAGAAGUUGAAAAUCUAAAGAAAGUCAAUUUUUUUUUUGGCCUGUACAUUUUCGACGCGCUAUUUCUUAGCGUCCUAUGGCGAUCAGCAGACGGUACUCAUACCUGCAACUAUCUACCACAAAAUUUUAGACCACAUCUGCGAUUUCUAAGUACAGGCAGACCAUAUGAAAGCUCCUACCUUUCACAGGACGCUCCCCGGACGUUUCUGAACAUUUCUAGGGAUCACUUAAGAGUAUUGAGGUCAAAAAAGCUGAGUUAAGAGACACAUUUCCUCCACAGCAAUUGUUAGAAAAAAAAAAGUAUGGACCAAGGAUUUUAUGAAUAUGGGAAGGCUACGAAUAACCUUUCGUUACAAUUAACAAAAAAGUCCUUUUUUUCUUCAUCAUCGAACUUUUUCGCAAAAAUCCAAUGUCUAUUUAUUGCCCCCCGGCUGCUUUGCAUGUAGCAAUCGUAUCUUGUGUAUCAAGCUUUUAAGACUUUAAUUUUAAAUGCAUUUCAUUCAGAAAAACAACUUAAUUUCAUCCUCAUGCUUUUAUUAACAUUAUUUUUGAGUUGCGAGAGAAAUUUUUUGCUUGAACAGCAAUUUUUCUUGAAAAAUAUGAGCAUAGGCUUAUAUGAAUAUGGGACGGUUACGAAUAACCUUUCGUUACAAUUUUCAAAAAAGUCCUUUUUUCUUCAUCAUCAAACUUUUUCGCAACAAUCCAAUGUCUAUUUAUUGCCCCCCGGCUGCUUUGCAUGUAGCAAUCGUAUCUUUUGUGUCGAUCAUUUGGUUGGUUCUCCCGUCCAUUCACUCGGAGAUAGGCAUCGCUGACACGCCGCGUGCCUAUCCGAAAAACCUUGUUCAGUUUCAAGAGGUUACUUUUUCUUCGAGAGUUGAAAAUGACGGGAUGAAAGGGAAAAUCGCUUACAACUUCAGAAUGAGUCAUGAUUGAUAGAUGAAGCCAAGUUUAAACUGUGAAAGAAAAGUCAGAAAGCCUCAAAAAACGAGCUUUCCAACCUAUUUUUAGGCUUGCGGAUAAGAUUAUACACCUUUUCCAUUACCCUAGAAAAUAUAGAUACCUGAAUUUUUACCCUGUCUGUUUUAUUAAUUGAAUGUAGUUUGCUCAUCGCAGACUUGACCUAGAUUCGCUCCGAUGAUAAUCUACCCAAAUAAAGCUGUGAAAAGGGGGUAAAGGUUGAUUUUGACGGAGAAGUCUGCCCUGAAAUUCCUGGAACUUUUAGAAUUAAAAAAAAUAUUUGAAGGGGUUUUUUUAUUCUGCGUAGUAUUUAAUAAUAAUAAUUUAUUCACAGAUCAGUGUGAACCCCAACGAGUUUACUUUGAUCUACAAUUUAAAUGUAAGAAGAAGUGUUCAUGAUUCCGAAAAAGGCAAACAAGGAUUUGAAAAAAAGGAUUACACUUUUUUUUUUUGAGAAAAUGCGCUCUGGCGAUAAUUAUGAAAUUUCUCAACUUUACUCGGACAUUGGUAACGGGAACAGGACGCUUCUGAGAAUUUCUAGGGGUCACUUAAGGAUAUUCAGGUCACCUGAAAUUCGCAUAGACGUCCGGGACAUGUUACCGAUAUCUGAGCAUAAACUUUUAAAAUUUUUAAAAAUUGAUGUGUGACAUCAAGAGCGGUUUUUCUAUUUGUGAAGAGUACUGUAUGUGCAUUGCGUGCAUGCACUUUGUGUGCUUGCACUAUCGUAGUGUGACGUCACCGCAUCGUAAAUAUCCGGGUUUUUUUUUUGUAAUUUUUUUGGACACUGUUUUUUAUCGCGCAAGUAUCAACAAGAAAAAGGCGAUUCUUGAAAAAAAAAACGUGCAGAUGUACGACGCGAUGACGUCAUGCAACAAGACUGUAAACACACAAAGUGCAUGCACCCAAUGCGCACAUUUGCAUACAGUACUCUUCAAAAAUGUAAAACUCGCUCUUGUCGUAGCACCAAGUUGCCAUUAUAAGGAAUUAAUAUCUCCACUUUCUGGGUGUUUGGAAAAUUUAUUUAAAAAAUCCAAACUUCAGAAUAGAACGACUUGUUAGAAUUUAGGCUUUAUCAAUCAAUAUUCUUCCUAACCAAGAACGUUGUUUACCCCCCCGGUUGAACUUUUGCCCAAACUUUGCUCAAGGGUACUUUAGGGCCUCCUGAUUGCAGAACAAGAAAAAAAUUUCUCGUAUUAGAUCUUGUUUUCGAGUUAUGGAGCUCCAAAGUCCGCAAAUCACGCAAGUUAUGACAAGAACGUGCUAUUUCAAGCUUCUGAAGGCUUAUAACAAAACGAGAUCUACUGCGAGAAAAUUCCUUCUUGUUCUGCAAUCAGGGGGGAGGUAAAAACGCUCACUAGUAAGAGAAAGCAAUGCGCUUUUCCUCCUUAACGCCUAAGAUACCUAUAAUUUAAUAUUUGUUCUCACUACAGAAAACAAUGCACGAUUUAUCCGAUGCCGUCGAGAGAAUCAAGCCGAGCCUUGGCCCUUGUGACGGAACUGUGGACUGAGCCUGACGCUGUCGACGCCACGGGCCAACAGGUUCUUCAAUUUUUCAUUUAA